AUGGCUCCAAAUUGGGAGGUUGAUCCAGAGACAAAGACAAAGCUCCUUCAGAUCUCCAAAACAAACGGAAAUGACAAGUGCUGCGAUUGCGGGGCCCCAUCGCCUCAAUGGGCCUCCCCAAAAUUCGGAACUUUUAUAUGUCUCAACUGCGCGGGAACACACCGCGGGCUCGGUGUGCACAUCUCCUUCGUCCGCUCCAUCACCAUGGACGCCUUCAAACACGCCGAGAUCCAGCGCAUGGAAUCCGGAGGCAACGAGCCUUGGAAGUCAUUCUACGAUGCCCAUCCAGUGACAAUAUCCGAGGGCCGAACAUUCGAGGACUCGACCAUCAAGGAACGAUACGAAGGUGAUGCGGGCGAUGAGUGGAAGGAGCGGCUGUCCUGCAAGAUCGAAGGCCGCGAAUACGUGCCCGGCCAGGAGAAGAAGAAUAACAACAACAACAAUCCUUCUCGGUCUAAUACGCCUUUGAGCCUGGGAAGCAAUGGAGUCGGUGCUGUUAAAGGCGUUGCCCGCACUGCCUCUCCCGCGACGACGAAGAAGGAACAAAACGAGCAAUACUUUGCGAAAAUGGGAAAUGAGAAUGCUGCUCGAUCUGAUGCACUGCCUCCAUCGCAGGGUGGAAAGUUCACUGGUUUCGGCGGUGGUAUGCCUCAAAGCCCUACUGGCGAGCGUCGUGCGUCGCCAUUUGGAGGACUUGGUGGAAUUGGCGGACUCGAUGACUUCCAGAAAGACCCUAUGGGCUCCUUGACUAAGGGCUUGGGAUGGUUUGCGUCAACAGUUGGAAAGAGCGCAAAGACAGUGAACGAGUCAUAUCUACAGCCUACAGCAAAACAGGUACGUGACUAUAUAACCUCCCUUUUUUUGGGCAACUUUACUUAUAAUGUUGAACAGAUUGCCGAGUCUGACUUCGCUGCCCAGGCCCGUGUCCGAGCUGCAAACUUGGGACAAAACCUGCAGGCUGGUGCCCGUGGGGCUGCAGAUCAAUUUAACCGUUUCGUCGAAGGCCAAGAAGGUGACAGCCGCUCCGGUAUCAAGUACUCUCGUGUUGAGCCUGAGCGAAGAGAAUUCUGGGAUGACUUUUCAGACUUGGGCGUGCAGGAUAAAAGCGACCACCAGCGCGCUGGGUCGCGGUCCGAUGUUGUCGGAACUGCUGCUAUGCGAAAGAAUCCUGCUCCAUCACUAUCUGGCUCUUCUACUGCUGCUGGAGAGUCAGGUGUGGAACAUGAUGCAUCGAAAUCUAAGUCCAAGGCGAAGGAAGAGUGGGAUGAUAAUUGGUAG